AAUUUGGGUGAACUAUUCCUGAAGGGUUGUUUCUUUAAGCCUUGAGCCAGCGAAUUUACUCCGGUUGUCAAAAAGAAAAAUAUCCGGUUGACCUUUAAAAUGAGCAGCUUUCCUCUUGCGAACUUCACAAGCUAAAUGGGUGGAUCGCACAUUGAACAGGAGUUUCAGUAACAUUAGCUAAAGGAACACAGACAGAGAAACAAGGAGAAUUCGGAAAGGAACGUUGAAACAUAUUUGUUGGCCUGUCUAAGAGCGACAUUGGAAAUGUUUUCCUUGUCAACAACAGUCCAACCACAGGUCACUGUCCCCCUGAGUCACCUGAUCAACGCCCUCCACUACCUGAAGAGCUCAGUGGGAAGCAGCAGCAGUGCCACUGCUAAACCUCCGCAGAAACAGCAUGCCUCAGAACAGGACUUGCAUAGUAACGAGCCCACAUGGAGCCUGAGGGACCUGGGCCUGUCUGACCUGGGCGUGCGGCAGCUGGACGAGAUAGUGAGCGGUGUGUUACCUCGUCUGAGUCAACAGGGUGUGCCGACCUCAUCCAGCCCCAGCCAAAAGGCCUGGAGGACCUCCCACCUGUCCUCACAGUCAUUCUUUCACAACAAGCAUGGGUUCUUUGGUGGCAAAAUUGGCAUUGACUCCCCUGUUUUCUGCAGACAGAUCCCCUCACCUCUUCAAUCCAUUUUCACAGAGCUCCACUACUGGCCAGUGUGGGUCCAAACCCGAGGCUUUAAAACUCUAAGGAAACACAAGCGACUGCAGGCAGGCUUUGAGCGUCCCAUGGAACCAGAUGGCUUUACCUCAUCUUUUAUGAAGGGCCUCCUGACGCGUGAUAAGGGGAUGGAGGUGGAAUCCUUGGACAAGCUCCUGAAGAGCAAGAACAUUCCAGAUGGGCAGCAAGAUUCUUUUAAGACUGGGUUUGCCGAGGGAUUCCUAAAAUCCCAAGCGCUGACACAGCGCAAACAAGAUUCUCUGAGGAGGACGAGGUUUAUACUGCUGGUCCUGCUGCUGGUGGGACUCUACGGCCUUUCCAAGACCCCCUUCCUAUCGGUGCGAUUCCGAACCACAUCAGGCCUGGAUUCGGUGGACCCUGUCCAGAUGAAGAACGUGACAUUUGAGCACGUCAAGGGGGUGGAGGAGGCCAAGAACGAGCUGCAGGAGGUGGUGGAGUUCCUCCGGAGCCCAGAGAAGUUCACCGUCCUCGGAGGGAGACUGCCGAAAGGGAUCUUGCUGGUUGGCCCCCCUGGCACUGGGAAGACUCUGUUGGCCAGAGCCGUAGCUGGAGAGGCCGACGUCCCCUUCUAUUACGCCACCGGUUCGGAAUUUGAUGAGAUGUUUGUGGGGGUUGGAGCCAGUCGCAUCAGGAACCUUUUCAGGGAAGCUAAAGCCAACGCCCCAUGCGUGAUCUUCAUUGAUGAGUUGGACAGCGUCGGAGGGAAGAGAAUCGAGUCUCCCAUGCACCCUUACUCCAGACAGACCAUCAACCAGCUACUGGCUGAGAUGGACGGGUUCAAACCAAAUGAAGGGGUCAUCAUCAUCGGGGCGACAAACUUCCCUGAGGCUUUGGAUAACGCUCUGAUUAGGCCGGGACGUUUUGACAUGCAGGUCACUGUCUCCAAACCAGACGUGAAAGGACGCACAGAAAUCCUCAACUGGUAUUUAAGGAAGAUCAAAGUAGACCCUGACAUCGAGGCUGGGAUCAUCGCCAGGGGCACAGUGGGCUUCUCCGGGGCCGACCUGGAGAACCUGGUGAACCAGGCAGCUCUGAAAGCGGCGGUGGAUGGCAAAAACAUGGUGACCCUCAAAGAGCUAGAGUUUGCCAAGGACAAGAUCCUCAUGGGUCCAGAGAGGAGGAGUGUGGAAAUUGACAAGAAGAACAAGGAGAUCACAGCGUACCAUGAGUCUGGUCACGCUAUCGUGGCGUACUACACCAAGGACGCCAUGCCCAUCAAUAAGGCCACCAUCAUGCCCAGAGGUCCUUCCUUGGGUCAUGUGUCUAUGCUCCCGGAGGAUGACCGCUGGAGCGAGACGCGUGCUCAGUUGCUGGCCCAGAUGGAUGUCAGCAUGGGAGGCCGCGUGGCAGAGGAAAUCAUAUUUGGCAAUGAGUUCAUUACCACGGGGGCAUCAAGUGACUUUGAUGCUGCCACCAAAAUUGCAAGAAUGAUGGUGACCAGAUUUGGAAUGUGUGAGAGGCUGGGUGUCAUGACCUAUGCCGACCAAACGAAACAGAGCCCGGAGACACAGGCUGCCAUCGAACAUGAAGUCAGGAUACUUUUAAAGGAUUCGUACGAGCGGGCCAGGGCGCUCCUCAAGUCUCACGCCAAGGAGCACAAGAACCUGGCCACCGCCCUGCUGCAGUACGAGACGCUGGAUGCCAAAGAGAUCAAGAUGGUACUGGAGGGCAAGGCCCUAGAGGUCAGAUGAGACUUCAAGGGUGGAGGCGUCACUCUGUUUAUUGGGGUGUUCGGGAUGGGGUGGGGAGUGGAGACAAAAUAUGGCUGUGGAUUAGGGUAGUGGAGCGUAGGAACUGUUGGGACUGGCUUUUUGGAAGGUGUUGGAAUGAAAAUCAAGGUUUCAAGAUAGGAUAAUUUUUUAUGUAAAAUAUGCACGCUACCUACGCACACAGUCUUAUCUUCCUGUUAAUGUCUGGAUAGUUGUUAGGAUCCUUAUUGUCGAUAAAAAGGGGAUUUCCCUUCAAAUUGGUAGGGGCAAUCAGCAGUUGCUGCAUCCAUUUUGGGAUUUAUAAAUUAAUGAUAUGUACCCAUUUGAUUCUUGAAGAAUAUAACUUGUAAAUGCCUCAUGACUUUAGUUCAACUGUCGUACCCCAUCAGAACCCAAAAUAUAACCUUGUAUUACGUCAAUGUUUGUAAACAAACUAAAUGUAAACAAACACUGUAAAGCCUAAAAAUUGCCAGAUUUACACAUUUAGUUUUUAGUUUGAAUGUAUCCCAUUGUCAUAUGACCUAUUUUUCAAUGUACCCUGUUGUGUGUGUGUGUGCACAUGUGUAUAUGUGUGUUGAAUGUUUUAUGGCUAGUAAGUCCAAGUCCAGUGAGUCCAUGCCCUGGCUCCUCAGAAUUGUCUCUACCUGAGAAUGUCAAUCAUGUAUUUGUAAUAAGGAAUCUGAUUCCCCCUAAAUAGUCGAACAACUUUUCCCAGGUUUACCAAUAUUCCCAGGUUUGUCUGAGCCGUGUGUGCUAGGUGCCGUUUCGAAGAUGGCAUUUUGGGAAUGUACAUGCACCCGGAGUAGGGACUCUUUUGGACUUGAGCCACAAUUCAAAUGUGUCUUAGCACUUUGGUCAGUCUGAACACUUACUCUAUGUAUUUACGUUAUCAAAUAUGUCAAUGCUGUGUGUGUAUAUAUAGAUGGGAGUGCUGCUGUGCUUUGAAAUUAUGCUUUUAUUCACUUCAUACUCAACGUUGGCAAAUUAAGCUGCGACAGGCCAUUGGAUUCUGUUUUUUGAUCAGAUUAGGUCAUCUAUUUACUAUGAAAUACCUUACAGUUAUCUGGUUUCUAGGUCUAAACAAUUGUAACAGUUAAACCUAAGAGACCCUACAACUCCUCAUAUCCUGGUUCACUCCCCACUACUGCCGUGUACUCUCUAUUCACAGCUGUCUCACUAGCAUUGCUUGAGUAGAUCUGUGAAUCUGUUUUUUUACAUUUCCUCACUUUGAAUGGUUUUAAGCACAGUAGCUCAGAACCUCACAGUGUAAGCAAGGACCGUCAUACUAAUUUGCUGAUGUGUAGGCCUAUAAGGAAAACGGUCAAAUGCAUCUGUAGACAAUCGACUCAAUCGCUUCAAGAAUGCAGUAUCUCCAGCUUUGGUGAGAAUGAACAGUUUUUACAGAAUGCUUUAGGCAAGAAUAUUGAACUCCUUUUGAAAUAAUGUUGAGUUGGAAGCGUUAAGAUUGUGAUACGAUGGAGGUUGAAAGCCAUACCUUUUAGGAUGUAAUGUUCUUUUAGAGGCAAAGUUUAUUACAAUGUCUUGCAAAAGUAUUCAUACUCCUUGGUUUACUUCACGUUUUAAAUUGUAAUUUUGUCAACAAUCUACACUAAAUAGUAAAAUGUCAAGUGGAAGAAUAUAUAUUUUUUAAGAUAGAAAUUAAAUAAGUAAAAUGUACACAUUGAGUAUACAAAACAUUAAGGACACCGGCUCUUUCCAUGACAGACUGACCAGGUGAAUCCAGGUGAAAGAUAUGAUCCCUUAUUGAUGUCAGUUGUUAUAUCCACUUCAGUCAGUGUAGAUGAAGUGGAGGAGACCGGUUAGAGAAGGAUUUAUAAGCAUGUGUGCUAUUCAGAGGGUGAAUUGGCAAGACAAAAUAUUUCCGUUGAACAGGGUAUGGUAGUAGGUGCCAGGCACACUGGUUUGUGUCAAGAACUGCACCACUGCUGGGUUUUUACACUCAACAGU